GCCUGGUCCAGGACGUGUGCAAUUCAGCCAACCACAGAACUGGAAUUUCCCAGGGGCACCAGAAGCAUGGCAUUCUGGUUUUCCUGAGCAACUGAAGUGGAACAUAGUUUGCUGGCCUCCGAGAAUACUAUGGAUGGUGAACACGGGGGCAGGAUGGACAAGCCAGGAGGCUCUCCUCACCUCAGAUUCCUUUCAAACCCAUUGAUGGGGGAUGUCAUGUCUGAUUGGUCACCUCUGCACGAUGCUGCCAUCCAUGGAUGCCUGCUGACCCUGAGGAACCUUAUCAGCCAGGGCUGGCCUGUGAACAUCAUCACAGCGGAUCAUGUGUCUCCGCUCCAUGAAGCGUGCCUGAGAGGUCAUUUGCCUUGUGCAACUGUUUUACUAAGCCAUGGAGCUCAGGUGAACAUCAUGUCUAUAGACUGGCGAACCCCGUUGUUUAAUGCCUGCGUGAAUGGCAGCCAGGACUGUGUGGAUCUGCUUCUGGAUCAUGGAGCCACUCCCCACCCUGAGAGUGAUCUGGCCUCUCCCAUCCACGAGGCUGCAAAGAGAGGCCAUGUGAAAUGCAUCGAAUCCCUUGUAGCUCAUGGGGCCAAUAUUGAUCAUAACAUCAGCCACCUGGGCAGUCCUCUCUAUGUGGCUUGUAAAAACCAGCAGAUAGCCUGUGCCAAGAAGCUCCUGCAGGCAGGAGCAUCUGUGAACGAAGGCAAAGGCUUGGAUUCUCCUCUUCAUAUAGUGGCCAAAUUGUGCAUCGGGGAGCUGGUGCAUCUGCUGAUGGACUUUGGAGCCAAUCCUCAAGCUAAGAAUGCUGAAGGAAAACGGCCUGUGGAUUUGGUGCCUCCAGACAGUCCUCUGAUCCAGAUCUUCUCGGAGAGAGAAGGACCCCAGUCUUUGAUGCAGUUAUGCCGCCUGAGGAUCCGGAAAUGCUUUGGCAUUUGGCAGCAUCAUCAGAUUACUGGACUCUUCCUCCCGGAAGACCUGAAACGCUUCCUUUUACACCUUUAAUUGUGUAGGGAGUGGAUCCCCAAACAACUGAAUAAGACUGUUGAAACUUUUGCCACUGGAGUUUCAAAUAAACUUGUUUAUAAUG